AGUUGGACACAGGAAGAUGUGUCUUCCUGACUCUGGGCCUACUACUCUAUCCUUUCUCCCCUCUCCUUACUAAUUGGAGGAUUUGAGGGGCCUAAGAUGAACCCCUGAAACAUCCUACCUUCCUACUUUUUUUUCUUCUAUUGUGAAAAAUGCACCCUCCAAAGUUAGGCCAUGAAGACCAAUUUCUGUUGGCUUUUCCUGGACCAGGAGUAGGGAAGAAGGGACAGCUCAUUCACUGCACUCUCCCAGCAGCCUCUUGGCAGGCCUUUGGCAUUCUCUGAAAAGUCACUGAUACUUGUCAUGGAAUUUGUGAAAAAUGUUUCCUACUUAACUCAUGUCAUUUUGUGAAGAAAUGUCUAAAUUGACAACUUGUUAAUCCAGUGUUAGCAAAUCAGUAAACACAAUGAACAAUUUGACAACUAGGUGGUGCACUGAAUAAAGCUCUGAACUUGGAAGCAGGGAGACUGCAGUCAGUAGAUUUAGAUAGUAAUUGUUUAUAAGUUGCUUAACCUCUUUGCUUCAGUUUUCUCUGUUGUAAAAUGAAUGAUAAUCAAGGCGCUUAAGUUCCUGGACUUGUUAUGAAGACCAAAUGUGAUAAUAUUUGUAAAGCACUCAGCACCGUGCAUGGUCCUGAGAAAAAUGACUAUUUUCAUAAAAAGAACCAAUUCUAUAUAUAAUGGGUCCUAAAUAUUUUUGAUUAUUAAUGACCAGUUAAUAGCAGAUUAGUUAUUGUAGGCGUUUUUCCCCUCUUUUUAACUUAUUCAUUCAAAAUCCAGUCUAUGUAGAACAGGGUUGACAGAUUAUUCUCCUCAAUCUUGGCUGGCACCUCAUCCAUCUGAGAGAAUUUAUUUCUGAUUAAAGGGUAAAUAGAAUCUAAUCUUGUUGAAUUGAUUCCUUGAUAUAGAUGCUGAAGGCAGAAUGAUCUGGGAAAUCUCCCCUCAUUAGAAAAAUCCCACCUCAUAAUACUCAUUCUCUCAUUAAUUGUUAACCAAUCAUAGUUGUUUUUCACCCUAGGGAUACCCCCUUUUCCAAAGGUGUUUAAAUUUUUAGAGACCUCCAUGCAGGGCCUUUGGUUACUGGUUUUAAUUUAUUGGUUAUUUGUAAGUUUGAUUAAUAAGUUGAUUAUUUAUUACCCAGAAACUGUGUCUCAGAACUUUUUAUUAGAUCUUAUGUAAUUACUAGCUAUUAUUACUGGGUUUUGUGUAUUUUGUGUGUGGAGGUAAUGGGGUUAAGUGACUUGCUCAGGGUCUCAGAGUUAGUAAGUGUCUGAAGCUGAAUUUUAAUAAAGGUCCUUCAGACUCCAAGACUUAUGGUCUAUCCACUUGAGCCCUUUCUCUGUCCCUAUCUCUGUUCUUUUUGAGAAGCUCCUGUCUUCACAGUUUGGUGAUUAAUGAAGGAGAAGGCAGAGUUACACAGGGGCUGGAGCUCUGAGCUUGAGUCAGGAUGACCUGAGUUGAUUUCCAGCCUCAGUCUUCUUCUAGCUUUGUUACCUCAGGAAAUCACUUCCCCUCUGAUGGCCUCCGUUUCUUUAUCUGCAACACAGAGUUGGGUAAUAAUCGUACUUAGCUCUCAGGUUGGUUGUGAGGUAGAAGCAAAAUCAUAGUGUAAAAUGCUUUUCCAACUUCAUGCUGUGUACGAGUGCUAAUUAGGAGUAUUUUAAUAAUGAUAUAACUUCUUAAAUGUGAAGAGUCAUAUCACAUCGCACAUAAGAGACACAUCUGGGAAUCUCCAUCCAUUUCAUCCCAGUUCAUAUCUCAGUACUGUAGUUUGGGCCCUGAUAUAAGCAGAGUCUGGGACAGGGUCUCAAGCCCUAGAGCCCCUCUCCUUAGCCUUUUCCUGCAGUGUCUGGGGUGCUCUGCAGAGCCCUUUCACCUCUCUUUGUAGGGAUCAUGGGAUCACCCCUCUUGGUUGUGUGGGGAUUUCCCCACUGCUGAGUCUGAAGACUACAUGUCAGGAUCAGUCUCUCUCAUGGCUCCUUUUCUCCCCUCAGCUCUCCCUUCUCAAGACUGCCCUUCCCCAAGAGAGGGGCCCAGAGCAGGAGGAAGGAAUGACCUCUGAUCUCCUGUCAGGUGGAGCCCAGGAAUCAAUAACAUUCAAGGAUGUGGCGGUGCAUUUUACUCAAGAAGAAUGGAGACAAUUAAAUCCAACCCAGCGGGAUCUAUACAGAGAUGUGAUGCUUGAGAACUAUAAGAACCUUUCUUCCUUGCGUUUGCUAGUUCUUAAGCCACAUGUGAUAUCUCAGCUGGAGAGAGGGGAAGGACCCUGGAUAUCAGAGACAGAAGUCCCACAGAUCGUAUGUCCAGAUUACAUCACUCUGAAGACAAGACAUGAAAACCUGGCCUGGUCUCCAACGCAGGUCUUUUCUCUGAGAGAGUCCUCUAAAGAGAUCAUCACCAACAGCGAUCCCUUUGCUACCAAAUUGGAAGAAGCAUGGGAAUGUGAUGUCAGGUCAGAGAAGCAAAAGGGCAUUUGGAAAAGACAAUCCAAGGGAGUAACAAAAAUUCAGAGAAAAACAAAUGAUGAGUUAAAUGUUCAUGAAUGUAAUACACUUGGGAGGAGUUUUAGGCUAGUGUCACUUAUUGUUCCACUACAGAGAAUUUCAACAGGAAAAAAUCUCCAGAAAUAUGACACAUUUGAUAAAAAUUUCAAAGGGUUUUCAGCCUUAAGUAAAGAUUGUAGAACUCCCACUUCUGUUUCUAAGCACAGUAAAUGCAGGAAGCCUUUCACUUACCACUCAGAUCUUAUUCAGAUUCAUAGAAUACCUACUGCACUGAGAUCAUACAGAUGUAAUGAAUGUGGGAAAUCCUUCACUAAUAGUUCAGUCCUUAAAAACCACCUGAGAAUCCAUACCGGAAAGAAAUCUUAUAAGUGUAAUGAAUGUGGCAAAGCCUUUAAGGUGAAGCGCUCUAUUUAUGAACAUCAGAAAAUUCAUUCUCAAACAAGAGAGAAACCCUAUAUAUGUAGUGACUGUGGGAAAACCUUCAGUUAUAACUCUUUACUCAGGAUUCAUCAGAGAAUUCAUAAUGGAGAGAAACCAUAUAAGUGUAAUGAAUGUGGGAAGACUUUCAAGCACAAGUUCUUGCUUAUUGCACAUCUGAGAAUUCAUACUGGAGAAAAAACAUACAAGUGUAGUGACUGUGGGAAAGCCUUUGCCUACCGGGCAACACUUAUUGAUCAUCAGAGAAUCCAUACUGGAGAGAAGCCUUUUAAAUGUACUGUAUGUGAGAAAACAUUCAGCCGUAGAUCAUCACUGAGUGCUCAUCAGAAAAUUCAUACUGGAGAAAAACCAUACAAAUGUACUGAAUGUGGGAAAGCCUUUGCCCAUAAGGGAACAUUGACUGGACAUCAAAUUAUUCAUACUUCAGAGAAACCUUACAAAUGUAAUGAAUGUGGGAAAAGUUUUAACUGGAAGGUCUCUCUUACUGACCAUCAGAGAAUUCAUAGUGGAGAGAAGCUUUUUAAAUGUACUGAAUGUGGGAAAGCUUUCAUCCAGAGGCCAUCACUUAUAAUGCAUCGGAAGAUUCAUAGUGGAGAAAAACCAUACAAAUGUACUGAGUGUGGCAAAGCCUUUAUCUAUAGGGGAGCACUUAAUGAACAUCAGAAAAUUCAUAGUGGAGAGAAACCUUUUAAGUGUACUGAAUGUGGGAAAACUUUCAGCCGUAGACAGUUGCUUAACAAGCACCAGACAAUUCAUUUUAGAGUGAAACUCUUUAUCUGUAAUGAAUGUGGUGAAAGCUUUAAUAACAGGUCCAGUCUUAAUAUUCACGAGAAAAUUCACAAUAGAAAGAAACCUUUUGAACAUCCUAAAUGUGGGGAAACAUUCCACUAUGAGAAAUUUCUUACUCUAAGUGAGAAAAAUGAUACUGAUGAAAAAGAUUUAGAGUGUAAGGAGUGUGGCAAAAUCUUCAAGCAGAGGAACUAUCUUACUAUUCAUCAGAGAAUUCAUACUGGAGAGAAACCUUUUGAAUGUACUCUGUGUAAGAAAACUUUCAGACAUAAGUCAGGUUUAAUUCAACAUAAAAAAAUUCAUUCUGGAGAGAAACCUUUUAAGUGUACUAGAUGUGAGAAAGCUUUCAGCCUUAGUUCAUCUCUUGCUCGACAUCAGACAAUUCAUACUGGAGAUAAGCCUUUUGAAUGUACUGAAUGUGGGAAAGCCUUUUCCCUCAAGAGAUACCUUAUUGUACAUCAGAGGAUCCAUACUGGAGAGAAACCUUUUGAAUGUGCCCAGUGUGGAAAAGCUUUUUGCCACCGUUCAAAUCUUGUCAUACAUGAAGGAAUUCAUACUGGGGAGAAACCUUUUAAAUGUACCAAUUGUGGGAAAACCUUCCGCCAAAGUAGGUCUCUUACUGUACAUCAGAGAAUUCAUACUGGGGAGAAACCUUUUGAAUGUACUCAGUGUGGGAAAGCCUUUACCCUCAGAGGAAAACUCACUGUCCAUCAGAAAACUCACACUGGAUAAAAACCCUCUAUCUGUCAUGAAUGUAGGAAAGCCUUUAGCAAUAUCUCACUACAUUGGAGACAUCAGAGAAUCCAUACAAAAGAGAAAUGUUUUGUGUGUUUUCUGGUUGAGAAAGCUUUCAGUCAUAGAAUAUACUUUGUUCUACAUCAGGAAAUUCACAUUGCAGCAAAACCAUAUAAGUGUAAUGAAUGUGGUAAGAAUCUUCAGGCAGAGGGAAUGUCCUCUAAAGCAGAGAGCUCACACUGCAGAGUAACCGUACAAUCAAUGUGGGAAAUCCUUCACCAACGGCUCAAUCCUUAGGAAACAUCAGUGAAUUGAAAGAGAGAUCCUUUGUAAUUUUAUUCUUUUCAUUUAUUUUUGCUUUUGAUGAGACAUUUGGGAUUAAGUGACUGG